UAGUGACUCAGCGUGUGUUAGUGAGACUAGCGCCUGUGUCAUGUGACCUACUGACUCCGCCUCUUGGGGAAUUCCCCGAGAACGCGUGGUGUUUUUAGUAAACCGGAAGUGAGCGAGUUGUUUUGGGGAGAAAAUCAGUGUGGAUUUUCAUUGGAGUGUCUCCAGUGUGUUCGAGCUUCUGUGCCCAGAGUGUGAGAGAGCGACCUGUAUGGAGGGAAACACAGAGAGAGAAAGCAAGAUGACAGAAUCUUCAGACAGUCAGGAGUUUGCAGAGCUCUGGCUGAAGAAUCUCAUGGGAGUGGAAGAGUCUGGAGUUCCUGAUGACAACUCCUGGAAAAACGAAGAGCAAAUCCCUGAGGACCUGCAGGACGUUCUGCUCGGAGACAUUCUACAGCCACAGUCCUCAUCAUCUCCUCCAACCUCCACUGUCCCUGUCACCUCCGAUUACCCUGGACUCCACAACUUCACCCUGCACUUCCAGAAGUCUAGUACGGCCAAAUCAGUCACCUGCACGUACUCCCCGGAGCUGAAUAAACUCUUCUGUCAGUUAGCUAAGACGUGCCCUGUGCUCAUGGCAGUGAGUUUUUCUCCACCACAUGGUUCUGUGCUCAGAGCCACUGCUGUGUACAAGAGAUCAGAACACGUGGCCGAUGUGGUGCGCCGCUGUCCUCACCACGAGAGGAGUAACGACAACAAUGAGGGCCCAGCUCCUCCCGGUCACCUGCUCCGUGUGGAAGGGAAUUCCCGAGCGGUUUAUCAUGAAGACUUAAACACACAGCGCCACAGUGUGGUGGUGCCCUAUGAACCUCCUCAGGUGGGAUCAGAGUGCACCACUGUGCUGUAUAACUACAUGUGUAACAGCAGCUGUAUGGGGGGAAUGAACCGCCGGCCCAUCCUCACCAUAAUCACUCUGGAGACCCAGGAUGGUCAGCUUUUGGGCCGGCGCACUUUUGAAGUGCGUGUGUGUGCGUGUCCUGGGCGUGACCGGAAAUCAGAGGAGAACAACUUCAGAAAACAGCAGGAAUCCAAAACCUCAGGCAAAACCCUCACCAAGCGCAGUAUAAAGGAUCCUCCUUCUCACCCAGAGGACAGUAAGAAAUCCAAGAACACCAGCAGUGAUGAUGAAAUUUACACGCUGCAGGUGCAUGGGAGAGAGCGUUAUGAGUUUCUGAAGAAGAUUAAUGAUGGUCUGGAGCUCAGUGACCUGGUGCCUCCUGCUGACCAGGAGAAGUAUCGACAGAAACUGUUGUCUAAAGCCUGUAGGAAGGAGAGAGACGGAGCUGCAGCAGAACCCAAACGAGGGAAGAAACGACUGGUGAAGGAGGAGAAGAGCGACUCUGACUGAGAGAGAGAGAGAGAGAGAGAGAGAGAGAGAGAGAGAGAGAGAGAGAGAUGGGGAGGGGUGGAGAUGGGUUCAUUUACAUUCUGUCCAGAUAAAAAAGAAACCUGUGAGUGUUUGUUAAAGUUCAGCUUGUUGAUGUAACUGUUAGAGACGCCACAGUUUAACUGCUGCUCAGAGUGAAUCACGUGUGUUACCUGUUACAGCUCUGCAGCUCCAGUGUAAAUGUACAGGAGCAGGAGACACACACACACACACACACACACACACACACACACACACACACACACACACACACACACACACACACACACACACACAACACUGCCUCUCUAGGUGCUCUCCUGCCAAGUGAUAUACUGAAAUUUGUUAAUGAACCCAAACAUCAGUGUUUGGUCACAGCUCAGUGGAUCAGAUCUAAACCCCUUCAUGUGUUUUAUAUCAUGUGAAUGAGUCAGGUUCCAUUUUUCAGGGAUUAAAAUGACCUCUGAAACACGUGUGUGUGAAUAAACUGCACCUGAUUGGUUGAGUCACAAUUUGAAUCCCUACUUCAGAUUGUUUGUGUAGCGUUAUUUUGUCAUUAACACUUGAUUUUUUAUUCUAAUGGUGCAGGAAAUAAAAUGUCCCUCAGGGCUCCUGGUCGUGAUAUAAAACAUUUCACUCACUGAAGUUUUCAUGUUGUAUCUCAUUUAUAAGCUGUUUUAUAUACAAACCAAACUCUAAGCAAUAAAACUUGAUCUUAAAUGUU